AUGGCCAGCAAAGGAAAAGAAGUCGCAUCCGAGAGCAGCAGCAGCAAGGAUGCGCCCACGAACCCACGCGGCAUUCCGUUCGCACCGUUCGUCGACAAGGUCGAGGACUAUGUCUCGUCGAGGGCGGAUGUCGAGCCCACGCUGCGCAGCUUCCAGGAGAUGAUCUCGAAGUACCAGUUCAUGGAAGCGAAUCUACAGCGGAGGGUUGCCGGCUUGAAGGACAAGAUGCCUGAUAUCCAGAAGACGCUGGACACAGUCCGGUUUCUGAAAACGAGAACGGACGAGUCCGACCCUAUCGAGACGACAUUCGAGCUCAAUGAUACCCUUUUCGCAAAGGCUGAGAUCCCUCCGACCGACGAGGUUUAUCUGUGGCUCGGGGCGAAUGUGAUGCUUUCAUAUCCGAUCGAAGAAGCAGAGACCUUGCUCCAUGGGAGGUUAAGUGCCGCGAAACAAUCACUAUCGAAUUGCGAGGAGGAUCUAGACUUUCUCAGGGAACAAAUCACAACGAUGGAGGUUGCUGUUGCAAGAGUUUACAACUGGGACAUUGUACAGAAACGGAAAGAUCAGUCGCAAGACGAGAAGGGCAAAGGCGAAGACAAAGAGGAAGAUGAUCCGUCGGGCGGCUGA